AUGUAUAGGCAAUUGAUUCAAAAGGCAUCACCUCUUGUGCAAAGAGGAGUGUUGUUAAACAGGACGGCACCAGUCACUGUUGCUCAGACUGUUCGUUAUUUUGCCCAACCAGCCUUAUUCAAACCAUCUGUCAUUGCCACAUUAAACAAAGUCAAUAGAUUAGCUAAUUAUACCUCGAUCAGAUCCAUCUCCAAAUUAUCAGAGUCAAAAGAGGCAACGCCAUAUGACUAUGCCAAGGUGAAGGCCAUAGUCUCCAAUCCUGAGAAACACCCAGACUCAAUCUUGGUUGAUGUAAGAGAACCAGUCGAAUUUCAAGAGGGACAUAUACCUGGAGCAAUCAAUUUGCCAUUCAAGAGUAGUCCUGGUGCCUUGAGUUUAAACCAAGAAGAGUUCCAAGAUACAUUUGGGUUUGACAAGCCAGAUAAGGAGAAAGAGUUGGUUUUCUACUGUCUUGGUGGCGUGAGGUCUACUGCGGCUGAAGAGUUGGCCAAUACUUUUGGAUAUGAAAAGAGAGGCAACUACAAAGGUUCAUAUGAAGAUUGGGUUUCUAACGAAAACCAAGCAAAGAAGUAA